CAUCGUUCUCAGAUUUCCGUUUUUAUAUACAUCACAGCAAAAUCCCUUGGGGUCGAGUUGCUUAGAUCCAAAAUGGCCGCCUAGUAAACAAGAUUUCGGCAAGUGUUGCUACCGAACAUAAUAUCUUGAUUUCUGUAUAAAAGUUCAGAGGAAAAGCAAGAUGAGUUUCUACAUAUCGUGAUGAAGGCCUGUAUCACAUGAAUCUAAGCUGCUUGGCGUGACUCACAUCGCAAGUGUAGGUAGUUAAUCAAACGAAAUUGUGAUCACCAAGACAAACAUCGAGAUGCAUUCCCGGGCUCACAUGUUGCUGGAGAAGGAGUACAUACUUCUACAGAGAGAACCAGCCUGGGGAAUUGAAGCAGAACCGUUAAGUGAUGGUAACUUAUUUGAAUGGGUGGCUACAAUACAAGGUCUCAAGGAUACACUAUGGGAAGGUGGGGUUUUUGCAAUAAAUCUGAAGUUUGAUGAGCAGUUCAACAGUGUUCCUCCCGCAGUGCAUUUUCAUACCAUUCCUUUUCAUCCAAAUAUUGACAUGAACACCGGUCGGCCCUGCGUUGACUUCCUGGAUGAUUACGACACAUGGAAGGAGUCAUAUAGUUUGCAAUCUGUGCUUCUUGCGAUACAGUGUCUACUAUCCUACCCUGUCCUAGAGGCUGCAGUCAACCCAGAGGCUUGUGGUAUCUUGAAAGAGUCACCUGAUCUCUACAGACAAAUGGUUCUAGACUGUGUGACUGCCAGUCAGCGUGUUCACGCUGGUCAGAGCCUUCAGGUUGACGAUGCCAAAGUUCGUUUUGAGGAAGCUGGGGAGGACGAGACAUCUGACCGACCCAAAUCCUCCCAGACGAGCCAAGCUAAGGUUUCCUUUGAUGAUUACCUGACGACGUGGAGCGGCAUUGCUACCAGCAAGGCAGAACCCAACAUGAAAAAUCCAUUAUUAGAAGCAAUCAAGAAUGACCCCAAGUUACAGACGGCGCAUUUUGGUCUUCCCUUAGAGGAACUACAACAGCACAUGAAGAAACAACUACAGGAGCACAAUUCCUUGAUGUACGGUAACUUUGCGGCCAAACCCAGCAAGACGGAUUCCCAGGAGAAGAAGCUGGACCACAUCAACAAGAUGCGCAAGAUAUACCUGCCCUCACGGAAAAUAAUGCCACCGCCCUCAACUGCCCAGAGUGACACAGGUGACCCUUGGGACAAAGACGUCGAUGAUCUGGUGGAGUGGACGGCUAAUCUUGAUGAGGAGGAACUGAUGGAGGAAUAUUAAGAUGACUGACAGGCAUGCAACUGGGAAUAAAAAAAAACCGAGGAAACUCCAAACCAAACUAGAGUUUGUACAGCGUUUUUCAAUUUGUAAUGGCAUUCAUGAGAAGUAAAAAGUAUGGAAAUAAGCGGAUCCGAGGAAAAGUUGCAUGCCUGGACUGAUUGUGAUUGAUAUAUAGAUGGCACAUCAGGAGCACUCACUAGAGCUCCAGGGAUGUGCAUUCUGUUUUGUGGAAUGUAGUACGCACAACUUCUUUAUUCUGAAGUGCAUAACCUGUAGCAUCUUCAAGUGAGUAUCAGGCACUACUAGCAAUGCGUCCUUUCCAGUGGUCCCUUUUCUCUUUUUAACUGUAGAGGGGGUACUUGUGCGUGUAGUCCGUAAGACUAACGGAGGAAAAUAAAGAUGGAUUGAUACAACAGGUUUUUUUAGUUAAAGAGCCCAUGCAAUCUAAUUUUUUUAAUGCAAUCCUUGAAAAUGUACCGUUGUGUCCCAUUUCACCUUAUUUUCAAUUAUCGUUUUGUCGUUUUGAAGGGUAGUUUGGGGCCUUUGGGGUUUUUAUGCUAAUUUAAAUUUCCAUAUUGAUGAGCAAAACUGUGAUGUUAUUCCAAGCAGAAACCUCCAUUUUACAGCUCUUUCAGCAGACACAAAAUGCUGUCAGAAAGUUUCUUUUCUUUGGUGAUUCGUCAAGGUUGUUGUGUAAGUACAUGGCAGUAAACCAAUGAGCAACCCAUUCACACAAUAAUGAACAGAAAACUCCUUAAUUGAACAGUGUCUUCUGAAAUGACAUCACAGCAACAGGGCCCUCAGUUGUCCGGAAAAGCAUGGACAUUUUUUUAUAAUAAAAAGGGGUGCAGUUUUCAAUAGAAUUAACCAGAAUGGGACGUCAAGUUGUUUUCAAAUAUUUAAGAGGAGUAGAAAGUUGCACAAAACGUGUUCCAAUUAAAGAAAAAAUCAUUGCAUGGACCCUUUAUUCUUUCUGGUGUUGAAGCCAAGGCUAUCUUUAAAAAAAAUAGUACAAGGCACUGUAUCCUGGGAGCUGGAAGAAACGAAAUGAGAGAAGACAAAGGAACGUGAAGUUUUGGAGGAAAACUUCCGAAUGACAUUGAAGGGAAACUGGAUGACACAAAUCCAUGUUAGCCUGGGUGGUCUUGCACCAGGAAUUGACACAGAAGAGGAAGUUGAGAAAAGAUACCACAGCCCCUAUCUGACUACCGGGUUCUUUUUAAUUGACAUUUAGACUGAUAUGGCGUUGUGAAGGGCAGCUUGUUUUCCAGACAUGUAAAUGGUGCAACAGUGAUUUUAGUCUACCAGCCUUGCUCACAAACCCUGUGUGUAUUUUUCAACAUGAUGUUGCUAAGCCAUGCUACUGCUCAUUAGCUGAACUGCUGAAAACAGACAUUAUGAAGAAAAAAAAUAUGCACUGUUUCAAAUUUAGAUAGUCAAUUCGGUUUGGGGAUUUUUAAAUUUAUAUUUUUGGCAAUUUUGUUUAUUGUAUUUUUUGGAGAGAGAGAUCCAUCAGAAUGCAUUACAAGGAUGACGUACAUGUACAUAGAAAGUUUAUUUGAUAUCUCUAGAUCCAGGGAUACCUUGUAGAUCAGCUCCACCUUUCUGAAAGGUAGAGAAGUUGAGUUUGAGUGACAGCAGUUUUAUCGAUAUGUUUAAAAAGGUAGAAUAUGUAAAUAUCAGACAUGUGUGUGUAUAAUUUGUUUACUGUUUGAAAGACAAAUAAAAACCCAAGACGGGGUCAAGUUUUUAAAUAAA